UGUCUUGUGCAUGCUGGACAUGUGCAGAUGAGAGACAAGGCUAUGGCUCCAAACCCAUUUCAGGUCUUGGGAAUUCAGGUUGGUGCUGCAGAGGAGGAUGUCAAGAAAGCCUAUCGAGCGCUUGCACUGCAAUGCCAUCCAGACAAGCGUCCACCCGAGGAGAGACAGGCGGCAGAGCAGCUCUUCAAGGACCUGCGGCAAGCCUAUGACAUCCUUCGAGACCCGGAGAAGCGCAGCGCCUUUGAAGCUGUUUAUCGUAGGCCCAGAAGCUGCCAACGUUUUCCGUCAGGUCUUGCAGCAUCCAUCCUGCGAAGACAUUCGCGAAGGCCCAGAUCUGCCUGCACAUCCGAUCUGGAAUGUAGCUGGAACAAAGCUACAUACAGGGAAAGGGAGAAGGACAAAUCAGGACCCGGACUAGGACUAGGAGCCCACGGUAUUCCAUCUGUGACCUCCACUUUUGCAGACCACAUUUGGUUUGCUCGUGGCUCAGCAUCUGUGGGACGCGCCUACAAAGGACAAGAAGCAGAAGAACUUGCAUCUGACAGGCAAAAUGCUCUGUCAUCUGCGGCGAGAUGGCUUCGCGGGAAUCCUCAAGGUACCUGUUUGUUGGAAGUCCGUGGCUGCUCUCAAAGAGGAGAAGUGCCAUGUCGCCAACAGGAGCCCUUGGCCAAAGCCCGCUGCGAGAAGACCAUGAGUUUUCUCACCAAGCAGCUGGAUGUGCCAACAGAUCGACUGCGAUGGGCCUCGCACAUCCGGGAAGACUUUCAGGGCGUGGAACUCAUAGGCAUGCGCCGUUUGUGCGUGGAUGGUGGCUUUCUGAACGAUGGUUCAUUGCUUCUGGGCGACGAGACCACAAUCCCGGCGAUCACGCGUUACCUCCUGGCUGACCCGGCUGACGACCGGAUGCUGUUUUUCGAGGUCACUUACACCGAAGACUUUCAAGCUUUGGCUUCAAGACGCAAGGCUGCUCUACUAGCAGCUCUUGGCGGGCCAAGCCGUCUGAAAAAGAGAGUUUCAGCUGGGACGCGAGCUGGUUCAAACGAUGAAGUUGUUUUCUACACCUUUGACCGUUUCCCGUGAGACCUUGCAAAGCUGCAGAAAAA